AUGCUAAGUCCAGAACGUCGUCCUUCCAUGGCUGAACGUAGACCAUCCAUAUUUGCACAUGCUUUAACACCCUUAGUGGUGCCACACUUAGCAGGCAUUGAAGAUCCAUUACCUGCUACCACUCCUGAAAAAGUUGACGUUUUGAUUGCUGGUAGUGGGAUGGUGGAAAGUGUUUUAGCUGCAGCAUUGGCUUGGCAAGGCUCUACCGUGCUUCAUAUAGAUAAGAAUGAUUACUAUGGAGACACUGCAGCAACGUUGACUGUGGACCAAAUUAAGAGAUGGGUUAAUGAAAUAAAUGACGGAAAGAUUCCAUACUAUGAAAAUGCUAAAUUAUAUGUAUCCACUGAAAUCGGUAACGGUAAAUACAACUCAAGAGAUUUUGGUAUUGACAUUUCUCCAAAGAUUCUCUUCACUAAAUCUGACCUUUUAUCUAUACUUGUUAAAUCAAGAGUGCACCAAUACUUGGAAUUCCAAUCAUUAUCAAAUUUCCAUACGUAUGAAAAUGACUCAUUUGAAAAGUUAACUAAUACAAAGCAAGAAAUUUUUGUGGAUCAGAAGUUACCUUUGAUGACUAAACGUAAUCUUAUGAAGUUUAUAAAAUUUGUCCUAAAUUGGGAGGAACAACCUGAAAUUUGGAAACCAUUUGCCGAAAAAAGUAUUGCUGAAUUCUUAAUUGAGAAAUUCAAAUUGGAAAGGGCACAAGUUUUUGAAUUAAUAUUUUCCAUUGGGUUAUGUUAUAACAUUGAAACUAAAGUGCCUGAAGCAUUACAAAGAAUACGUCGUUAUUUGACUAGUUUUGAUGUGUAUGGUCCAUUCCCUGUACUAUAUUCCAAAUAUGGUGGUCCAGGCGAACUAUCACAAGGGUUCUGUAGAUCAGCUGCCGUUGGUGGUGCCACAUACAAAUUGAAUGAAACAUUAGUCUCAUAUAAUGCAACAACUAAAGAAGCUGUUUUUGCUGAUGGUUCUAAAGUAUCCGUUAUGGAAAAAGUGAUAAUGUCCCCUACACAAGUUAAUCAGAACAGCAAGAAUGUUCCAGAACAACCAUAUCAAAUUCAUAGGUUAACGUGCAUUGUGGAAAAGGAUUGUAAAGAAUGGUUCAGUGAGGGAGAAUCUGCCGCCAUGGUUGUUUUCCCACCUGGUUCUCUGAAAUCAGGUAACAAGCAAGUCGUACAAGCUUUCAUCUUGGGUGCCGGUAGUGAAUGCUGCCCCUCUGGUACAAGUAUCUGGUAUAUGUCCACAACUGAACAAGGUGUUCGUGCCGAAAUGGACCUUGAUGCUGCAUUGGAAGCUAUGGAAUUAAGCAUAUUAAGAGAAUCAUCUACUGAUUUAGAAAAUGAUAAUGACAUUGUACAAUUCGGUAUGAACGGACAAACUGUAGUAAAUUCUGUCAGAUUGGGUCAGUCAUUCAAGGAGUACGUUCCAAGGGAGAAAGUACAUUUCCUAUGCAAACUUUAUUACACACAAUAUACUUCAACACCACCAUUUGGAGUGGUUGAUCCAUCUCUAUUUGAGAAGAACGUGGUGUCUGAUAAAUUUAUACCUGGCGCAAGUGAUAACGGAGUUUUGUACACUUCUAUGCCAUCUGCGGAAAUAUCAUAUGAUGAAGUAGUUACCGCAGCUAAAGUUCUUUACGAAAAAAUUGUUGGUAGUGAUGAUGAUUUCUUUGAUGUUGACUUUGAAGAUGAUGAUGACACUCAAGCAGGUCCUGCCGAUAAUAGUAAUUAUGAAAAUGCUAUUGAUGACGAGGAUGAAGAUGAUGACAUGGGCAUGGGUAAGAAUGAAUCAACCGAAUUUGUUGGUGAAAUGGAAAUAUAG